CUUCGUGAUUGGUUAGUGUUUCUCUCAACCAGAGCUUGCAAACUGUGAUUGGUUGAGGGGCGGUCUAACGUUGAAUGAACACAGGAAGUGUAACUUACAGCGUGAGACUGCAAUUUGACGUUCCCGGAGGCUGUAGCAGAAAAGAAGUUCUAUAUCCUCAGUGUUACACCUCAGACAAAAGAUGGUGGACUCCCAGUACUACCUCCCAAAUGACAUUGGUGUCUCACAGCUCGACUGCAGCGAGGCCUUCCGUUUGCUUUCACCUCAGGAGAAGUUGUAUGCCCACUACAUGUCACGUGCUGCUUGGUACGGUGGUCUGGUAGUGCUGCUGCAGACUUCCCCAGAGUCUGCAGACAUCUUUGUCUUGCUGCAGAGGAUCUUCAGGAAGCAGACGCCCGCACAGCUGGAACAGGUCGCCACAGCAGCCGGACUCAGCGCUGAGGAGUACCAGGCCUUCUUGGUGUAUGCAGCCGGUCUGUAUGCAAACAUGGGAAACUACAAGUCCUUUGGAGACACAAAGUUCAUCCCAAAUUUACCUAAGGAAAAGCUGAAUGCUCUGGUGAGGGCCUGCCAGGCAUUCCAGGAGCAGCCCACUGAGAUGGAGGCUUUGUGGGACAGCUGCUCGUGUCCCAUGUACUCCCUGGAAGACAGGCAAAAACAGCUGGGGCUGGGUGACAAGGGCAUUACCACCUACUUCUCAGGUAACUGCUGUCUGGAGGAUGCUGAGGUGGCACAGAAGUUCCUUGACUCAAAAAAAUUGUCUGCUUACAACACCCGUCUGUUUAAGAAGGACAACGGGGGUAAACCCUGCUACGAGGUGCGCUUGGCUUCAGUUGUGCAGAAAGACUGUACUGUGGACGGGGAGUGCGAGUCCUGUUGCGGCAGCUUCAACUUUGAAGACAAAGAGUUUAUUGUGAAGAGGGGAGACUAUGCUCCUCUCAUGGAGAAGGUCUGCUAUUACCUCGAACAAGCUCAGCUCUAUGCUGCCAAUGAGAACCAGAGGAAGAUGCUUGAGGAGUACAGGCGCAGCUUCACUCUUGGCUCAGUUGAAGCCCAUAAAGAGGGCUCACGCUACUGGAUCAAAGACAAGGGACCAAUUGUUGAGAGUUAUAUAGGUUUCAUAGAGAGCUACAGAGAUCCAUUUGGCUCCAGAGGAGAAUUUGAAGGUUUUGUUGCGGUUGUGAACAAGGCGAUGAGUGAGCGCUUUGCCAAACUGGUGACCUCAGCAGAAGUCUUGCUCCCUGAGCUGCCUUGGCCCUGUGAGUUUGAGAAGGACAUUUUCCUUAAACCUGACUUUACCUCGCUGGAUGUUCUCACCUUCGCUGGGAGUGGAAUACCAGCCGGCAUCAACAUCCCCAACUACGAUGACAUCAGGCAGUCGGAGGGCUUUAAAAACGUGUCUCUGGGCAACGUGGUGGCUGUAGCCUAUGCUGCACAAAAAGAAAAACUCACCUUCCUGGGGGAGGAGGACAAGGAUUUGUUUGUCAAAUGGAAAGGACCUUCAUUCGAGGUGCAGGUUGGACUUCAUGAGCUGCUGGGACAUGGAAGUGGAAAACUCUUUGUCCAGGAUGACAAGGGCAAAUUUAACUUUGACCAGAGUAAAGUGACCAACCCAGAGACUGGAGAACUGGUGUCCAGUUGGUAUGAGGGCAGCGAGACAUGGGACAGUAAAUUCUCCACGAUUGCUUCCUCUUAUGAAGAAUGUCGUGCUGAGUGUGUCGGACUCCACCUGUGUCUCAACAAGCAAGUGCUCAGCAUUUUUGGGCAUGAGGGCGAGGAUGCGGAUAAUGUGGUGUACAUGAACUGGCUCAGCAUGGUCAGAGCUGGACUGCUGGGCCUGGAGUUCUACACGCCUGAGAGCGCGAGCUGGAGACAGGCUCACAUGCAGGCUCGUUUUGUGAUCCUGCGUGUUCUGCUGGAGGCCGGGGAGGGCCUGGUGUGUCUGGAGGAAAUGACGGGACAGGAUGGCAAACCUGAUGCUCGAAUCACUUUGGACCGAAGCAAGAUCCACACCGUGGGCAAGAACGCCAUCAGCAGGUUCCUGCGUAAACUGCAGGUCUUUAAGUCGACAGCAGAUGUGGUUGGUGGCAGGGCUCUCUAUGAGGGCUAUUCCACUGUCAACGACACCGGUACCCACAACUUCCUGCGUCUGAGGGAGACCGUCUUGCUGAGGAAGGAAGUUCGUAAGAUAUUUGUCCAGGCCAACAGCAGAGUCAGUGGGGACACCGUAGAGCUGGUGGAAUACGAAGGCAGCGCAGCAGGUUUGAUUCGCUCCUUCGCUGAGCGGUUCCCAGACGACGCAGAGCAGCUGGAGGCUGACCUCUUGGAAAUGAACAAAAGAGACGCCCCCUGCUGGUGUUGAUGGAAGGACGCUGUGAUCCGAGGGCUUUAAAAAUGCCAGCUGAAAUCAAAUUUUUUUCUUUAACAUGUGAAAGCAAACUGAAUUUUAAUGGAUGUGGAUGUCUUAAUGUAUACGCAUAAAAGAAGUACAGAUACAAAUCUUUUUACAAAACACUUCUGAGUAGAAUUAAAGUUUCAUACUUAAAGCCAUAAAGAUAGAACGGAUCUGCCAAAGACACAAUUCAAAGUUUUUACAGCCACGGUCCAAUUUCAGGUUUAUCUUUGAUAACAGAAUCAAAUCAGAAUUAAUGAGCUGAUAAUUAAUACCACACAGUCACUCUUCUAGAUGCAUUUAUGGAAUCCGUUUUUCUAAUAAGACAUUCAGAUUUGUCCAUUAAACCGAUGCUGCCUAUUAAUAAAAAUGAUUUCUAUGUAUAAAAGUGUAUGCAAGUGACUGUAGGUAUGCCUCACUUUUUAAUUGUGACAGUCAAAAAUUGGCUCCAGAUAUUCAUGAAAUUAUAAUUACGACAUGAUUUGUCUGUGCUUAACAUGAUGUUCAUCAACUGGUUUUGGUCAUUGGUUUUAAUUGUGCGCCCAACUCUAUUGAUGCGCCUUGGUGUUGUCGAUGAUUUUGACAGGUUAAGACUGUUAACUAGCUGCGAUGAAAGCUGAAUGUUGACUGUCAGACAAAAUUCUUACUGAGCUAUGAUAUAAAGAAGUCGUGGAUUUACUUGAUUGUACAAAAUGUUGUAGUGUGUGGUGUCUGGAGGACCCUAAAAUAAGAACACCAUAUGAAAUGAAAUGUCGUCUGCACAAAUAAAAUUAGUUUGAGAAGA